AUGAGUUUGUUGAAUAGCUAUAAUAUAAAUGUAGGAAAUUCUACUGAUAAUUUGCUAAGGAAAAUAAAACAUAACAUAAAAACACUGAAAAAAAAAGAUAUCGUGAACAAUAUCGAAUAUUAUAUAUGCAUUUUGUCAAAUAUUAAUUUAAAAUAUGUAUACAAUAAAAAUUAUAAAUUAACUUAUUUGGUUUUAAAAUUAUUGGUAGAAAAUGGAUUAAGUAUAGAAACUAUUAUAAUAGAUAAAAUUUUAUCAUUAUUAAAUUUAAAAUAUAUUUUAGAAAAAAAUAAUAAAGUCAAAAUCACAACUAUUAAUAAAAUAUUACAUCUAAUUAAUAAAAAUGAAAAAAUUAAUUUAAAUACUAAUAAUUUAUUUAACAUAUUGAAUGAUACUAUUAUUUUAUUGAUAGAUAUUUUCUAUGAUAGCAGAAUAUAUUGCAAUGAAAGUCAAGUUGAUUAUACUUUAAGUAUUGGUAAAAAUGAGAAAGAUGAGAAUAUAGAAAAUAAGGAAAAUGAAGAAGAAAAAGAGGAAGAAGAAUUACUAUUUAAUUCAGAAAAAAAUAAAAAACGUAAAAAAGAUAAAGAAUUACUUAAUGUUGAUAAAAAAAAUAAAGAUAUGUUUAAAUUAUCUAAUGAUCUUAAAUUUAAUAAAAAAAGAAAAAAAGAAAACAAUGAUGUUGAAUUAAAUGAUUCCAAUUAUGCAAUAAACAAUAUUAUUAAAAUACAUGAUUUGGUGAAUUAUAUAAAUAAUAUUUUUUACUUAUAUUUUAAGAAUUUUAAAAUUUUAAACAAUGAUAUAAAAAUAUAUGCUUUCUUUAAUAAUUUAUUUGCAUUAUAUUGUUAUUCAUAUGAUUACAUUCAAAAAAUAAGACAUUUAUCAAAUGAUGAUGAAAAUUAUACUAAUUAUUAUAACACUGUUAAUGAUUUAUGCAUUUUAAAAAAUAAUAUAAAAAGAUUCACUAUUUUAUGCAUAGAAAAUAUUUGUAUACAAUAUUUUAAGAAUAUAUACAAUUCUUAUAGAAAAAGCAAUGAUAUAUUAAAAAUGAAUUAUUUAUUUUUUCACUUUUCUGAUAAUAAUAAAAUAUUAGAAAUAAUAUAUGUAAUUUUAAAUAAAAUAUCAAAUGAUAAUCCUUGUUUUAAUUUUGAUUUUCAGAAUAAUAAGAUGAAUUGUUCAUUUUCUCUAAAUAAGAACAAAAAAGAAAAGUUAGAAUAUUAUUUUAAAAAUGAUAAUGAUUUAAAUAAUAAAUAUAAAUUUUUAAAUAUUGUUAAGGUAAAAGGAAGUAUAAAAAUUUUGUUAAUAAUUAUUAAAUAUUUUAUUAUGAAAUAUAAUGCGUCAAAUUUUAAGUAUAUUCAAAAUUUUAUUUUAUUUUUUAUGUUAAUACCACAUUUCGAAUUGUCCAUUUAUAAUAAUUCAGUGAAAAAUGAAUAUUUAAAAUUAUUUGAUUUUAAUUAUUUAAAAAAUGAGAAAUAUACACAGGAUUUACAUAAUAAAUAUGUGAAAGAAGAGAAGAUAAAAAUAAAAAUGAAUAAAGAAAAAAAAAAAAAAAAAGAUAAAAAUGAUAAGGAUGCAAAUAAAGAUAAAGUAGAAUCAGAAGAAUAUUGGGAUGAAGGUGAAGUAUAUGUAGACGAAGAUAUUGAUAUAGAAAAAGACAUUGAAACAAAUUAUAAUAAAACAAAUGAAAUAUGUUAUAAAAAAAUGAAUAUUAAAGUACCAUAUUCAUCUUGUAUUUUUCCUGAAGUUAUUGAUUUAAAUAAUGACAAAGAAGUAUUUAGUAAUUUGCAUAUUUUAAUAGAAUAUUCCAAAUUUAUUUAUAGAUGUUUAAAUUAUUUAAAUAAUAAAAAUAAUAUAAAAAAGGAUUCAUUCUUAUUUAUUAAUUUGGCAUACUUUGUAAAAUAUAUUUUUGACUGCUCAACAAAUGCAUAUUUCUUACUUUCGGACAAAAAUAAAAGCGUAAUAAAAGAAUGCAAAGAAAAUAAUGUUUUUGAAAAAUAUUCUCAUUUUAAAAAUAAUUAUGAAAAAAUUUAUAUAAAGGGAAAACCACACUUAUUAUUAUAUAAUUCUAAACUAAAGAAUGUUUUCAGCACAUGCAUCAAUAAAAAUAAUGAUAAUUUAAUUCACCUAUUUUGUAUAUCCAAUAAAAGAACAAAUAUUUAUAUAUAUUUAAAUUAUUUAAUAUAUGCAAAUCAACUUAAUUUAAUUAAUAUUUUAAAUUUUGAUAUAAAACCAUGUAAUUUUAUAUUUUCUACACUUUUCUCAUUUAUUAAAAGAAUUAAUUUUGAUUUUAAAUAUUCUAAUUUAAAUAUUUUUACUAAUUAUUAUAUACAUAAUUUUAGCGAUCACAUAAUUAAGAAUAUUUUAUAUAUAUAUAUAAAUAUAUUUGAUUUGAAUCAUUUUUUAAGAUUUAUACACAACUUUAUAGGAAUUAAGAAAUUAUCACAUUUAAGAAUAAUUAAUUUUUUAUUGAAUCCUAUUUUUAUAAAUGUUUUUAAAGAUAAUAUGAAUAAAUUAAUGGAUAUGUCUACCAAUUUUUGUACUUAUUUUAUUGAAUUAUAUGAAUUCCACAUAAAUGAAUUUAAUAUAUUGCUAGAUAAAAUUCUUUCAUGUAUAAAAAAUAACUUUUUGUCAAAUUCUAGUAAGUGCUUUCAAAUUCAGAGUAAUGAAAAUAAUAAUUUAGUACAAAUGAAAGAUGAAAAUUGUUCUAUAUCACAGUUAGUACAAAUUUAUCAGGUUAUGUUUGUUAAUAUUGAAACAUUAGAAUAUAUUUUAUGCUGUUUUUUAAAAUCAAUAUAUAAGAAUAAUAUAAGCAAUAGCUUUUUAAUGUACAUUCAAAAAAUAGCAAAGUUGUAUUUAAAAAAAAAAAAAAAUAUAAUUAUUUUUCAUGAACAAAUAAAAGGAAAUUUUCUUAAUACUAAAUAUUACAAUAUUUAUUAUAGUGUAUAUAUUUUUUAUUUUUUCAAUUACACUAUAUCUAGAUUAGCUGCAUAUGCAAUAUUAAAUAGUCAAGGAAAAACUGAAAAAUUAAAAAAAAAAGUUCAUUUAAUAAUAUCAUUACUUGAAAAUAAUUUUUUAAAUAUUGAAUUGACAUAUGAUCAGUGUAUUGAAUUAGAUUCUAUAUAUAAAUUUUUUGACUUGUUACAGAUGAUAUUAGAAACAUUAUUUUUUUAUAUUUAUUUUGCUGAAUUCCAUUUAUUAGAUAAAUGUAAGUUGAUUGAAUAUUUCAAGCAAAUUAAUAAUAUUUUGAAAAAAAACUCAUUAGAAGAUUAUUCUUAUGUAAUGAAAAAGAGAAUUUGUAAACACAUCACAAAUUUUUUUUUAUGUAAUUAUAGUUUUAUCAUGAAGAUAUUUAAUGAUAAUGAGGAAAUUGAAAAUAUUUACAUAGAGUUAAUAAAAAUUCUAUUUAUUGAUAUUAAUAUAAUAAAAAACGAGCAUAAUUAUAACUUCUUUUUUGAAUUUUUUUUUAAUAUACAAAAGAAUGCAAAACUUACUGAUCUAUUUGGUGAGUUAUUUACGCUACAUUUUAUUUUAAUAAUAAAUGAUUUAGAGAAUGAUUUAAAAGAAAAAAAGGAAUUGAUAGUCAAGGAAAAUAUAUAUACAAAAAACGUAAUAAGUGAAGAAAUAAGUUUAACUGACUAUGCAAAUAUAUUAAUUGAAAAAAACAAUGAUUUUAUUUGUAAUAAUAACUGGUAUGAGAUAUUUAAUUUAAGUAAAAAAAUGAUUUUUAGAAAUAACUUAUUAGAUAACUAUGAAAAUGUAAUGAUUGAAGUUUUUUCUGAAAAUGCAAAUCAUAGAUUUCCUUCAUAUAUGUGUAAUAAUUAUAAUUGUAACAUAAACUUAGAUAUAUGUAUUUUAAGUAAGUUAUUUAUAUUAUUUAAUAAUAUAGGGAAUAUGCAAGAGAAGUUAUAUACUAUACUAUGUAAAAUAUUUGAAAAUUUUAAUAUUUACAACAUAUAUUAUGAACAUAUUUUAAUAAAUAUUUUAUUGUGCUUUAUUAAGAAUUUGCAAUCCAUAGAGAAAAGAAAGGUAAACAUUUCUAUUUUUAUAAAAUUUUCCUUUAAUAUUUUAAAAAAGCAAAAGGAGUAUUUUGCUAGUAAGAAAUGCUUAAAUAAUAAAAACCUUUUCGUUCUUAAAUUGUUUUUUCACGUAUUUUUUAUUUUUAUAAAUAUUUAUAAAAAUGAGGAAAAUGAUGAUAAUAAUCUAUUAAAAAAUACAAAAGAGGAUACAGAAUUAAAGAAUAGUGAAAUAAAGAAAAAUAAUUUGAACAGAGAAUAUGAACAAAAGGAAAAUAAUGAAAAACAAUUUCACAAAAAUAUAAAUACAAAAAUUAAAAAUGAAAAAAUGAAAAUUUGUUUUAUUUUUUUUAUCAAGUAUUUUUUAGUAACUCAUAAUAUUUUAGUAAGAGAUGAAAAAAGUUGUGAUAUAGAUGAUGAAAAUAUUUCUUACUUGAUAAAUCAUAUAAAUAUUCGUAAUGAUAAUGAUAAUCAUGACAAUAAACAUAACAGUUCUAUAAAUGUAGAAAAAAUUAAUAGCAAAAAAUUAAUAAAAGAAAUGAGAAAUUUUGUAAAAAAUUUACUCGUUAGUAACCAAAAUGAUGAUAUUAUAGUAAAAAUUAAUUUCUUUUAUUUGGAAUUGAUAGAAUAUAUUUUUUUUUCCUUUUUUCUUGGCAAAAAUUUUAAGAAGAAUUGUAAUAAUAAAAUUAUUAUCAAAAUAAUUAAUAUUUUUAAAAAAAUUAAGGUUGAGAAACUGUUUGGUCAAGUAAAUGAGAAAUGUAAAAUCUUUCUUUAUAGUAUUCUUAUUUUAAAAAUUUUUAAUAUAAAAAAAAAGAAAAAAAAUUCUCAAAAUGUAGAAUACUAUAAAGAUAAAGAAACUUUUGAAAGUCCUAGUUUUCAAAAUAAUAAUGAAAAUUUAGAAAAUAUUGAAAAGGAAAAAAGCGAAACAAAAAUUAAUAUUAUAAAUAAACAAAAAUUAAUUUUAUUUUUCAAAUUAUUAUCUCUUAAUUUAAGCAGUGUUUGUAAUUUCAAAGAAGAAAUAAAUGGAAAAAGUUCCACAAUUAUUUAUGAUUUCAUUUUUCAUUAUAACAAAAUUCUGAUAGAAACUAAUAAAAAAGAAUCUAUUUAUAUCUGUUUAAAAUAUAAGGAUACCAUAAAAAAAAUUAUUAGCUUAUUAAAUUUUACCGUAGAAGAUGUGGUAUAUAUUUUGAAAUAUGUUGAUAAAGAAAUCAAUAAGAUAUAUGAAGAAAAAGAUAUUAAAAAAUUUUUAUUUUAUUCAAAUAUACAUAUAAUAACAUUAAUUUAUAUUGUUUCUAAUAAUAAACAAUUUUUAUCUCAUAUAAUUCUUAUAAAACAAAAAUCAGACAAUUGUUUACAUUUUAUUAACUUAUAUUUUCAUUUAAUUAAAUAUAUACAGUUAUAUUUAGAAAAUUUACAAAUAUCUAAAAAUAUGGAAGCUUCUUUUCUUUUAUUUCAUCUUAUUUAUAAAUUAUCACAACUUUUCAACUUUUUUUUUGUUAAAUUAAAAUAUGCUUCUACAGAUAACAGAUAUUCCACUUUUCUUCUCUUUGCAAGUGACUAUUGCAAUUUUUUAAUCAAAAUAAUGGAUAUAUUAAAAAAAAAAAUACUAAAAAGUAAUGAUAACAAAGAAAUAAUAUUAAGCAACAACUUUGUAACUCACUUUUUCAUUUUAAAUAAUUCUAAUUUAUUCGAGAAGAAGAAAUUUUAUUUAUAUUUACUUAGUCACCAACUUUUUACAAUACUUUAUGAAUUUUUUAAUAUAAAAAAAAACGAAAAAAUAAUUAAAACAAAAAAAACAGUUGUUGAAGUUAUUAAGAAAAGUGCAUAUGUUAUAAAAUAUUUAUGCUCAUACUUAGAUUCUGUUCUAUAUCUUGAUAACAAAAUAAAUAAAAUAUUAUUAAGAAAUGUUAAUUUUUUUAUGAGUUUUAUAAAAAAUAAUAAGAAUACACUUAAGUUGUCAAAAAUAGCAUUUCCCGUUUUAAUUAAAAUUAUAGAUAUUUAUGAAAUAAUUUCUAAAAAUAAUUCAAUAAGUGAAGAAGAAUACGAAGAAAAACAGAUUCUUAAAAAUAUUUUUCAAAUAGGUUUAUCUAUACUUGAAGGUAGCUCUAUUCAAUUUUGCUAUUCGUUGUUAAAUGAAAAAAAAAAAGAAAUUUUUAAUGUUCUGUCUAAUUAA